CAGACCACGAUACCCUGCUCUGUUUGGGGUAUAAAACAGCUCUUGUAGAUCACAGGGAGAAAACAGAAUCCACAGCCUCAUUUCUCAUUCGUCACAUCUCAAAGGAACAACACCAUGUUUAUCUACAAGACGAAAGUGUUCACGGGGAACGUGUUGUCUGCCGGCACAAGAAACUCAGUCUGUUUGCAGCUCGUUGGCACGAAGGGAAGCAGUCCUGUUGUCCACAUCAACAAACUAUUGAUGCUGAAGCGAGGAUCUGUUCGCAACAUUGAAAUAAAGAGUCAGAAAGACCUGGGACAGCUGUAUCUGAUUAGGCUGAAUGCAAAGAAGUUAAUUUUGAGGCAAGAUAAGGAUUGGUUUUGCUCCAAGGUCACAGUGACAACACCAGAGAACGAGGAAGUGCUCUUCCCCUGCUACAACUGGUUGUCCACUGAAGAACCGCUCGCCAUCAGAGACGCUACUGCUAAACUCGUGUUUACGGACAUUCCAGAGGGUCGGGUGGAGAGAGAAAAGGAACUUGAGAAACGACAGGGGUAUUUCAAAUGGAAAGUGUACGCGGACGGUGUUCCUGAGUGUGUUGAAGCAGACUGUCCACUUGACCUUCCGAGAGCAGUUCGGUUCUCCUUCAUCAAGAAAAGCCACUUCGGAUUCACUGCUGGGUUUUCUUUAGUCAGGCUUGGACUGAAUGGAUUUCUCUGUAAAAGUGUACCAUGGUCAGGCAUGCUAGAAUACGAGUCAAUUCAUAAGGGAGAAGGAAGUGAUAUCUUUAAAUACGUCAAAGAACACUGGGAGGAAGAUGAGUUUUUUGGCUACCAGUUCCUGAACGGAAUCAACCCAAUGCUGAUCCAACGGUGCAGCAAGCUGCCGGACAACUUCCCCGUCACUGACGACAUGGUCAAAGCUUCUUUUCAGGGACAACUUACCCUCACAGAGGAGAUUCAGAAUGGUAAUAUCUAUCUUGCGGACUAUGCUCGCUUGAAUGGAAUUCCCGCUAACAUGAUCAACAACAAACAGCAGUACAUGGCUGCUCCUCUUGUCUUGCUCUACAAAACUGCAGACGACAAACUGAUGCCCAUCGCUAUACAGUUAAAGCAGAAGCCAGGAGAGGACAACCCCAUCUUCUUCCCCACCGACUCGAAGUACGACUGGCUGAUGGCCAAGAUCUUUGUGAGGAGCGCCGAUUUCGUAGAGCAUGAGCUAACCACCCACCUGCUGCGUACCCACCUUCUGUCUGAAGUUUUCGCCAUGGCAACCCUGCGUAACCUGCCGCCGAUUCACCCCCUCUACAAGCUCCUGAUACCUCACUCCCGCUACACUUUUCAGAUCAACAUCCAGGCUCGAAAUGAUCUGAUAUCAGACGAUGGAAUCAUUUCUAAGAACGCUGCUAUAGGAGGGAAAGGGCUGAACAUGUUUCUGAAGAAAGCAGCUGCUGCCCUCACCUACAGCUCCCUCUGUCUGCCGGAGGACAUCGCUGCACGAGGUCUGGAAUCCAUCCCCAACUUCUACUACAGAGACAACGGGGAAAAACUGUGGAAUAUAAUCCACAGCUAUGUCGAGGGUAUGGUGAAAUUCUACUACGACUCUGACUCUCAUGUGGAGGACGACAGUGAGCUGCAGAAGUGGAUUGGAGAGAUCUUCACCCAUGGCUUCCUGGAGAAGCAGGAAACAGGUGUCCCUAAGUCAUUUGGCACCGUCCCAGAACUGGUUAAGUUCCUCACCAUGGUGAUCUUCACCGCCUCAGUCCAACACGCCGCUGUCAAUAACGGGCAGCAUGAUUUUGUCGGCUGGAUGCCCAACUGCCCCACAUCGUUGCAAAAAGGUCCUCCAACCACUAAGGGGCAGUGUACUGAGGAAACCAUGUGGGAAACUUUCCCCGACAUUGACGUGACCGCGUACGGCUUGAUCACUGUUAACCUGCUGAGCAGCCAAUCCCCUGACUUUAGGGCCCUAGGAUCCUUUCCAAAUGAGAGGUUUGUUGAAGCAACGCCUCUAAAGCUAAUCGAGAAGCUGCAGGAGGACUUGCAGGCUUAUGGCGAAGACAUCGAAACCAGGAAUGUGGGCCGUCCUUUGCUGUACUUGUACCUCGCUCCGGAGGAAAUAGAGAACAGUGUGGCCAUCUAAAACCCCUAUAAAUUCAACGUACCUUUAGUAGGAACCUCUAAAGACUGAGUUCAUGGGGCAAUUUUCUUUAAGAUAUAUUAUUUGGCUUUUUCAUGCUUUAUUUGAUAGUUUUUAUGUGAAGUGUGACAGGGAGAGAGAGAGGUAUUAGGGGUGGGAAUCUUUUGGUGCCUCCCGAUUCGAAUCGAUUCUUGGGGUCACGAUUUGAUUAAAAAUCGAUUCACGAUUUUUUCGAUUCACGAUUUUUAAUCAAAUUUCUAUUCAAUAUAUGCUUACAUUUGAUUACAGUUUGCUGUUUAGUGUUACUUUUUUCUAUUUGACUGUGAUAGGCAGUUAAGUGGUGAAGAAAAAAAUCCCAAUGCAUCAAAACCUUGAAAUGUAUUGUUUUUCCUGCAGUUUAGUAAACUUAUUGUUAUUUUAUUUUUUAAAUGAAUCAUCAUUAGUGUGAAUCAUCACACACAUAAAUCGCAUCACACACACAAAGACUGAAUCGCAAUUCAAAUGCAAAUCCAUUUUUGCCCCCACCCGUAAGAGGUAUGCACACUUAUGAGUUACGGUGGAAUGCUGGCAAUUAAUUUUCUUAUUAUAUUUUCAAUGCAGUUGGUAUUUCAAUGAUCUGUUAUAGUAAACAACAAUUGACUGGCAUACACGCUACCAAAUAUAAAUGUUUAGUGGACAGUUUUGAUUGGGUGAAGACAAGAGCUGUAAUUCAAUAUAAAACGAUUUCACUUAUGUUUAUCAAACUAUUAAUUUGUGUGCAUGUAAUUUUUUUUAUCAUAGUUGUGGGAUUGAUACGACUUUAUCAAGUUCAAGUAUAUAUGAAUAUAUACUUGUGAAUCAUUAUGUUCAUUGAAUUCCCCCCUUUCUAUUUCUCAGUUUUCCUAGUUUAGAGAAUGUUAAGACUGUUUCCAAAGAUGAGCCAAAAGCGAUGGAUAAAAUCUGCAAUGCUGGCACCACAUACCACAGUGCCUUCCUUAAUAAAGAGCUCAAAGAUC